AUGACGUCACUCUGUCAGCUGGUCACGCUCGGCUGGUUGCUGGGACAGGCAGGUGCAGGUGCAGGUGCAGGUGCAGGUGCAGGUGCAGGUGCAGGUAUCAGACCUUAUGGCGACGAUUCCCAGACUCAAAUGUCAAGUUCGUUUAGUCGACGGUCAAGGCCACAUCACUCCCUAGCCAAUCAGAAGCCGAAAGAAAAAAGUUUCUCGCCAGCCGCUCUGCUGCAGGGAGUCUGGGCUAACGCCGGACCACUCGCCUCCACAAGUGACCCAGACACGGCGGCCUUCACCCUGCACAACAUGGUGUCAAGGAAAAUACAAAACCCCGCCCUGUACACAGGGUCAAGGCUGCUGCUGGCCCUCAUCAGGGAACAGUGCACGAGACUGGUGACGUCAGUAGCGGUGGAUGACGUCAGAAUCUUUUGUCUCCAGUUUAACGGCAGGCUGACGUAAGCAGCCCGGGUAAUGACGUCAGCCAGGAGCUUUGAUCUACACAAGUAUUCAAUGUCAAGGUCAGACACUUGGGCUCAAGGUCAAUCGACUACAACUGGACUCACGGUCGUUUUACGCACGCAUUAAGUCGUCAUCGAGUGGUACGUGUCAAGGUUUCACUGACCUUGACUUGAGAGAGUCCGGCCGAUGACCACAACCAAUCAGACAGCCAGACGAUGACCUACCCAGUCGUCUGCCAUGUUGAGGUCUUUGUGGCAAAAGUCAAACGAUGAUUUCUUGACAAUUUCCGUUUUUUUUUUUGUGGCAAAAGUCAAACGAUGAUUUCUUGACAAUUUCCGUUUUUCUACUGACCUAAACUUUUCAACUGAAGUCGACUUUGCCCAACCCUGCGUUUUAGUUGCAAAUCCUUUUUAGAUGGUCAAAGGGACGGUACUGAGCAUAAAUACAACGUUCAUUCCGUUUACUUGAAUAGCUUCCCUUUCAACAUAAAAUACUUUAGUUUUUUUUUAAAUUACAUUGU